AACACAUCAACCACGUCAGAAAAGUCGCCGGUAUUGACCACGUCGGCAUCGGGGCAGACUUUGAUGGCAUAAACAUGCUACCUGUCGGGCUGGAGGAUGUGUCUGGCUACCCGAGACUCUUCGCUGAGCUCCUCUCUGAUCCCAAUUGGUCACUACAGGACCUGAGGAAGCUGGCUGGCCAUAACCUACUGAGGGUGAUGCGUGACGUCGAGAGGGUUCGUGUAGAGAUGCAGCAGCAGAGGUCAGCGCCCUAUGAGGAAGAAAUCAACAAACUCCCCGCUGACCAACAGUCCUGCUUCUACCGUUUCACCCGCCCUACUGACGACGUUGACUGAUCACCUGCUUCCUGACUUUCUUCAUCUGCUCACCUGCUGAUGUCUGCGGUCCUGCAUCUGCUGACCUGAUUAAUAUAUUGACCUUACUCACCUUGUCUACCUUGUGACCUGUUGGACCAGGUGUGGGGGUAAUAAUCUUGGAGUGAGAUUCACCAACAUUUACAGCUGUUAUGUUUAAGAUCAUACAAGUUGACAGUACAAGUGUGUGUGUGUGUGUAUAGGUCAUUCUUCUUCCUUUUCGUUUCUCUCCUCAUUUCUAAAGGUUUCUGUUCCUCUUGGUAGAUAAAAACGUGGAUUAUUUUGUCAUGUGUUCACGUCUAUCACUCCUGAACUUAAAUAUACACCAGAGAAUAAUAAUAAUACUCAUUCAACAUCAUCUAUGAGACUUCACCUUAACUUAACAGCCACGAUGACAAGAGACCGCAAUCCUAUUUUAUAAUUAUUCAUCUUCUACAUAAGUAAAUUCCUUUUAGAUAUGUCUGAGCAAAAAACACAUUUACAUACAUUACCUAAGAAAUGAUUAAAAAGGACCUUGUAAAUAGUUAAACGUGUUAUGGAAGAUGAAUAUACCUGUAGUAUGUGUGAUCGUUAGUUUGGUUACCAGGUGGGAGUCGACUCUCUGGCUCCAGUACGUUAGAGACCCUCCUUGACCAAGUUAGACUAGACUCUUGGAUUCGAUACCUUCAAGUGUGUGGGUUCGAAUCCUUGCACCCAAUGGAGCUAAAGUGUUCCAUUAGUAAUAAUAUCUAUCUUAAGUCACCAUACUCAAAAGAUUUACUGAUCCCAUUCAAGGGGUUAAAUCAUCGUAAUCAGGAGGUUAAAUCAUUAUAUUAGAGGGUUUAAUCAUUGCAGGGGUUAAAUCAUUAUAUUCAAGAGGUUAAAUCAUUGUACUCAAGAGGCUAAAUCAUUGUAUUCAAGGGGUUAAAUCGUUGCAGGGGUUAAUUAUAUUCAAGAGGUUAAAUCAUUGUACUCAAGAGGUUAAAUCUUUAUAUUCAAGAGGUAAAUCAUUGUACUGAAGGGGUUAAAUCCUCAUCAUAUUCCAGGGCUACAUCAUUGGACUGAAGAGAUUUGGCUUUUGAGGGAAAAUUAUCAGCAAUUUGUUAGUCUCGUGUUUGAAACCAGACUUGUAAACUGUACGUCGUGUCCAACUUUUAAUAUUGGCAACUUUUUCAUAUA